AUGCUGAGCCUCUCCGUUACUUCACCAUCUUCUUCAACACUUUCCUUUCUUCCCAAACCAUUACAAUUCAAAACCUCCUUCGAUGGCAUUCGGCUUCUUCAACCUAACACUUGCACAAUUCCAGCGACGAAACGCGCCGCUUUGGUCCCAGUGAUGAUGGGAAAGAGAGAAGAACUAUUGAAGGAAAUUAGAACUAAAAGUACUGAACAAAUCAACGAAGAGGUUGUUAACCUUCAAGGCGGCUUGGCCAUGCUUCGUCUUGAGAAAUCUGCUGGUACUGAGUUUAAAUCUAGUGAGUUUUCGAGAAUGCGCAAGACGAUUGCUCGCUUGCUUACUGUAAAGCGGGAAAGAGAGAUUGAGGAGGGUAUUAGUAAGAGGUUGUCCAGAAAGCUAGAUAAAAAGUGGAAGAGAAGCAUUGUUGAAAAGGCUGCAUGA